UAUUUUAUUUUGAUAAAAAUGACUUUACGCUCGUUUUUGAAAUUAAAUUGUGUACCAUUCUAUUGCAUUUGGUAUGGCAAGAGAAAAGAUACUUGGAAAAAGACCAGGUACAGUAGCAGUGCUUUAACUGGAACACUUUGUGCUUGGCUGAUGUGCAAAUGCAUGUUUGCAUCAUUAAUCAUACCGAAAAAAUAUGAAAAUUCAAUACUAUUGUUAACAAUAUCAAUUGUAGUUAGUGGAUACGUCCUUACCGAUGCUAUGAAAUGUGUAACUCUAAUGAUGUUUAUAUCAUUAAUGGGAAAGUCGGGACGAAGUUAUAUGCGAGCAUUAUGCUUUGCCUUUGUUAUAUCGGGUCCAAUCGAAAAUUUAUCUACAAACACUGGUGAAGUUAUACGAGCAUUUUCCUGUUCCAAAAUAUUGGCUAUUAAUCUAACACGUACACGUUUUGAUUUGAUGACAAAACCAUUCCAAAAAACCUUGGGACACAUGAAAGAAGACAUUAAAGAUGUCCAAAAUACAUUCAAUGAGCUGAGAGAUGUUACGAAAGUCCUACAUGAAGAAGUAAUGUUGAAUGAUCUAGAUAUAAAUGCAAAUGUCACGAGUGCAGAAAAUGCCACAGCAAUCGAAUAUAGUCGCCAUAGAGUUUUACCCAUUAAUGGAAAUUCCAAACGAUCAGAGGAUCAAUUUAAUGCAGAAUAUGUUGAAACCCGAUAUAAAAAUAAGUUUAGACAGCGAUGUCUUAGACAGUUGGACAGUGGCAAGGCUCGUUGUAGAAAAGCAUUUUCAAAAGCUCUAGAAAAAUGCUAUGACAAAAUGCCGUUUAUUAUUAAGACGUUGAUUUGUUGGCCAUUCAAGGUGGAUUUUAUAUGUAAAAUAAAUAUAUUGGGUAAUCCAGAGAAGAUCUGUGAUCCUUCGGAUGCUGUGCCAGACAAUUUUGGAGAAACUUACAUUGAGUUAGCUGGAACUGAAAAUCAACUUUACGAAGAUAGUUCCAGUGUUAAAGUUAACUACACAAUUUUGAGUCCGGAUGCAAUGCCCGGAGUGAAAUCGGCUGAGGAAACUGCUAAAAAUGUGGCAAAUGAGUUUAAAGUUAGAAAAAGAAUUUUUGAUUCAAUUCUAAAAAUACUCCAACAAUUUUUAGGAUUUAUGAUUUUGAAAAUUUUGUACGUUUGUAUAAAAUAUCAUAAGAAGUACAAAAUGGAUCUGGAUCACGAUAACAUUUAUAUAACGGAUUAUUUCAAGCACGUGGAUCGAAGAAGGAAAUCACUCGGCAAACAUUCGUUGUUGCCACUUAAGAAGUAUGAAAGAAGAAAACUUAUUGAUGCUGAUCAUUCCUGGCAUCGUACACAAGAAGAAUCACAAGCAGUCACAUUUAACUUAUUACAAUUCUCUUUGGAAAUUGUAUCGGGCUGCUUCUUUUUAUUCCUCGACUACGUUAUUUCGUCCGUUUUUUUGAUAAUACGGAAUAAUUCGGAAAUGUCAUUUGUUCAGGAAGGAGAACAUACGAUAAAAUUUCAGAUACAGGGUUCAGGACUAAUAGCAAGACUUUUAAGAAAUACAAUGGGUAAUUUUAAUAUGCAUGAAACUGUAUCAACGUACUUAACUAAUGAGACGUGUUUGCCUAAUCCAACAACUUUGUCGAAAAGUUUUUAUUUGAAACUAGCAAGUUUAUACACAGUUGUAUUGCUACUGAUUUAUCAAAGCAGUAGUUUUUUACGCAUGCGUCGAUUAAUCUGUGGAUAUUUCUAUCGAAAGCGAGAACGGAAUCGAAUAUUGUAUCUGUACAAUUGUUUACUAAAGCAAAGACGGAGCCUAAGGGAGACUAUGAUUAGAGAGGCAAGAUAUAAUUUUGCAAAUCGUCAAAUACGCUUAAAAGCUAAUUUAUUCUUGAUCUUGCGACUAAAAUGGCCCCAUUAUUUCAAUUGGUUGGUAAAAUUCCAUAUUGGACGUCGAAAAUGUGUUAUAUGUGGCGAAUUGGAAGAUUCAAAAUUCGUCUUCUGCAGAAAUUCAGCGUGUAAAGUUUCCUAUUGCAAUGACUGUUUUAAUGAUAUUGAAAAUACUUGCUGGAUUUGUAACGAUGCCUUGUCAGUGGAAAUAAUAUUAAAUUUUAAUGAUUUUUUCGAACAAUUCUCUUUUGUAUAAUUAAAAAUACAUACAUACAAAAGUUUACCCACUAAACG